CUGGCUGCGGGGAGACGCUUUCCCAUUCACACAGAUUCGGACAUUUUCGGCUUCAGCAGUACACUACAUUAAUGUACCGACUGAAGAAUGGUCAGAAAGAAAUCCUGAAGUCCUCCCCUCCCUCCCCCCUUAUCUCCCUCUGAAUCGAACAGCAAAGAAGGGAAGAAAACCAAAACAUGCGAGACACAGAAGGUGGAGGAGGAGGAGGCGGCGGAACCAAAAUCAGUAAAUCUGAGAAGGACCAGAGUUGGAUCCCCAAAAUCAUAAAGAAAAGAGUGUGCACCACCUUUGUAGAAGAUUCUUUCAGCAAUGGUGCGUUUUGCCAGUGUGGGGGUGCGAGAGAUGCCCAUGCGUCUGUGGCUCUCGGUGACUAUUUCAGCUCUGCGAUCGUCAACCACUGGGACAGCGCCCAGCACUCCUCUGAGUCCCCCACUGAUGCCUUUGGAGAGCUGCAGUUUGCAGGAGCCAGCAAGAGGCAUAGCUAUUUCCUGCGUCUGUCAUGGGACACGCCUCCAUCUAUGGUCUACACUCUGAUGACAGCCCAUUGGGGCCUGCCUGCGCCCAAUCUUGUAGUUUCUGUAGUGGGUGGAGAAGGAAGGACAAAGGUGAAGACCUGGGUACGGGAGGUCCUCAGGCAGGGACUGGUGAAAGCCUCACAGAGCACAGGAGCGUGGAUCCUGACGGCAGGCUUGCGUGAAGGUGUGGGGAGAUGUGUUGGAGAGGCAGUGAGGGAUCAUGCCACCGCAGCCUCCUCGGUCUCCCUCAGCAAGGUGGUGGCACUGGGCAUCGCUCCCUGGGGCCUGGUGCACAACCGACAGCAGCUGGUCAACCCUCAGGGCAGCUUUCCUGCUAAGUACUAUGUCCAGAAUGCGAGCCGGGACUCCUGUUGCCUUGACCACAACUAUCAGGCCUUUCUGCUGGUAGAUGAUGGGAGUGUGGGACGCAGAGGAGGGGAUACAGGGUUCAGGGCCAAACUGGAGGACUACAUCUCCCACCAGCGCACAGGCAUCUGGGGCAGUGGCAGCAUUGACAUCCCUGUCCUUUGUAUGCUGAUAUCUGGAGAAGCAAGUAUGCUGGAGAGAGUGGAUCUUUCUCUGAAAAACUCCAUGCCCUGGCUGGUGCUGGCCGGCUCAGGGGGCAUGGCUGACUUCUUGACUGAUGUCUUGGAGAACCUGUCGUCGGCCCCGGGGGCCCAGUCUUCCAGCGAGGGUGAUGGCGAGGCGGGUCCCAGUGUGGAUCUGAAAGACAGAGUGGCAGAACGGGUUAAAAAGUACUUCCCUUCCGAAGCGGAGACGGACAAACUAGUUGAACGAGCUCUGAGUAUCUACCAGAACAGAGAUUUCAUCACGAUCUACCAUGGAGAGCAGGAGGGCCCAAAUGACUUUGAUACUGUCCUGCUCAAAGCCUUAGUGGGAGCUAGCAAGCACCGUGCAUCAGUCGAUGCCAGCCCUUACAGUGAAGAACUGAAGCUAGCGGUCACAUGGAACAGGGUCGACAUCGCCAAGAGCGAACUCUUCAAUGGUGACAUCCAGUGGAGGCAUGAAGACCUGGAAGACUCAAUGACAGAUGCCCUGGUCAACGACAAGCCUCAGUUUGUGCGUCUUUUCAUUGAGAAUGGCCUCAACAUCCUGGAAUACCUGACUUAUAGCAGGUUGGAAAGCCUCUACCGCUCUGCUGCUGAUGGGACACUUCUUUACCAGCUGCUCCAGCACCACCUCACGGAGCGGCUUGGAACUACAGCACCUGUUUCUACACUGUCCAGAGAGCAGGGCUCUCCUUCCAAAAUGGCAGCAGAGAAGAUACAGAGUGGGCCAGUGACGGAGAUCAGCCUUUUUGAGGUGUCGAGGGUCCUGGAACUGUUAAUGGGUGACGUCUGCAAGCCGUUCUACUACGAUGCUUUGGGAUUAGAACAGAUGACAUCCAAGAGGAGGGCUCUUAGGCGUGCCAGUAAGCUGCUGCGUGGAGACUGCUUGUAUCGAGAGAGACGCUGUCUGUUUCCCUGGGCCUCGCUCUUCAUCUGGGCUGUCCUGCAGAACCGCAGCAAGAUGGCCACUUUCUUCUGGGAGAUGGCAGGGGAGUCAGUGCUGAGUGCUCUGAGCGGUUGUAAGAUCCUGAGAGAACUGUCCAAGCUGGAGAUGGAGACAGAGACCAAACUGUCCAUGAAAGAACUGGCCCAGAAAUUUGAGAAUCUGGCAAAUGACAUUUUCAGUUGUUGCUAUCGGAGCAUUGAGAGUCGCUCUUUCACCCUGCUGAUUAGGGAGUCUCCAGUCUGGGGUGGUACGACCUGCCUCCAGAUGGGCAUGAGCGCCGACGCACGACUUUUCUUCAGCAAUGACGGAGUACAGUCUCUGUUGUCCCAGAUCUGGUGGGGUGACAUGAAGAGGAACACGGAGGUGUGGAAGCUCCUGCUCACCUUCUUCUGCCCUGUCCUCUGCUACACCAACUUUAUCUCCUUCAGGAAACGUGAGGACCAGCAGCAAGAGGAGGAGAAGCCUAACGAGGACGGGCUGGGCCGUGACAACGACAGCCUUUAUGGCACCACCAUCUUCUCUUUCUCUGACAUCAAGCACAUUGAAGCUGACUCGCAAGAAGCAACUACUCCCAGGACAGUAACCAUCAAAGGGAUACCUCGCACGCACAGACCACCAAAACGCCCAUUCAUAGUGUCAAGAUGGCGUCAGUUCUGGUUUGCGCCUGUCACCUCAUUUUUGGGCAACGUCCUGAUGUACUUCCUCUUCCUCCUGCUUUUUGCCUACGUGCUGUUGGUGGACUUUAUGCCCCCUCCACCUUCGGGUCCCGCCAUCACUGAGUAUGUGCUGUACUUCUGGGUGUUCACCAUUGUGUGUGAGGAGAUCCGGGAGACGUUCUUUUUGGGGACGAUGACUUGCCGUCAGAGGGUCAGAGUCUACAUUCAGGAUGUGUGGAACAAGUGCGACCUCAUUGCCAUCACGCUGUUCAUAAUAGGACUAAUCUGCAGGAUGUUCCACUGGUCGUAUGAAUUUGGCCGGAACAUCCUGUGUGUGGACUACAUGGUCUUCACCCUCCGCCUCAUUCACAUCUUUGCCAUUCACAAACAGCUGGGACCAAAAAUCAUCAUUGUUGGCAAGAUGAUGAAGGAUGUUUUCUUCUUCCUCUUCUUCCUGGGGGUGUGGCUCAUGGCUUACGGAGUAGCCAACCAGGCUCUGAUUUAUUCCUACGACCCUCGCCUGGAUCGCAUCUUCCGCCGGGUUUUCUACAGGCCGUAUUUGCACAUUUUUGGACAGAUCCCUGUGGAAGAGAUGGAUGUGGGGAAGGAGUGGGACGUGGCCUGCACAGACAACGUGACAUUGAUUCAGGGUGGUGCAGAGCCAUGCCGAAUUCUGUAUAGUAACUGGCUGGUGGUAAUCCUGCUGGUCGUUUAUCUGCUGGUCACCAACAUCCUGCUCAUCAACCUCCUCAUCGCCAUGUUCAGCUACACCUUCUCUGAAGUGCAGGCGAACAGCGACAUCUACUGGAAGUUCCAGCGCUACAACCUGAUUGUUCAGUACCACUCCCGUCCUUCCCUGGCACCUCCUUUCAUCAUCCUCUCUCACCUCAAUCUCUUCAUCAAGAGGGUCAUCCGCAAGGUGCCCUCGAUCAAGAUCCACCACUUUGUAUUGCAGUUAAAGGGGAAGGCAGCUAACAGGCUAAUGACAUGGGAAGCCAUUCAGAAGGAGGACUUCCUGACCGCACAGAACAAGAUCCAGAAAAGCAGCGACUCCGAGAGGCUCAAACGGAUGUCUGUCAAAGUGGAUGGUGUGCUUAAACAUCUGACUGAAAGCAGAGACUUUGACCACAGGCUGAGGGCUCUGGAGAAUGAGAUGGAGUAUUGCUCAAAUGCCCUCAGCUGGAUUGUGGAUACGUUGGCACAAGGCAGCAAUUUCAAACCUCCUCGGCCUCCGCCCACAUUAAGAGAUGUGGUCCCUUCUUCUUCCAGUUCCACCUGAUUAAACCUUGGUGAUGCCUUCACUUGCUCAUGGUCAGUAAAAGACAACAAUUAAGUGCUUUUACUUUGGCUGCUCUCAUGCCAUGCACCUACCAGUUUUACUGUGUUCAUCACUGGACUCAUUUACCAAAGAUUCUCAAUGAUUUUCUAACUUAAGAAAAAAAAAGGUAAAGAUAUAUCAUCACUUCUUGUUACAGUACUGAGUUAAGUGCAAAAGGUAUUUUAAGUGUGCAAUCCAUCUUUUCCUAAUGCCAAAGACAAAUGCAUGUAUUUAUGAUGUGGUAUUAUAUAUUUUAUGUAUUUUUAAUUUGCCAAUGCUAUUAUGUCUUUAUUGCUGUAGUCAUAAGCUGGCAGCUGGACAUUUACAUGUUUUAUUUUUGGUUGUUUGAUUGGAACUAUAAUAUUGUUUACAGAGGUUACAUUAGGUACAGAUUGCAAUACUUCCGUGUUCAAUUACUAUACGGCUAAAUGGCUGCUUUUAGCAAAAAAUUUAAUGUUAAAUCAUGUAUUUGCUUUGCUACAUUAUUUUAUUCUGUUCAAUAAAUUAUAUAUACAGUAUAAUAAAUUCAUUCCUGCGGUUACUGUUACCAGAAAAUAACGCCAGUUCAUUUAUUGAGGGUAAAUACACUUACUCACUUUCUGGCUGGAAGUUAGAUGAAAUGGUUAAUACCACUUUAAUGAGCCAGGAGACAGUUAGCUUGGCACAAAGACUGAGAACAGGGCAACAGCUAGCCUGGCUUGAGAUGCAACAUCUUAAUCAGUAAGCCUUAGGCUAGGCUAACUGUUUCCCCAAUAAAGAAAUGAUAAAUAGAGCUAUGGUUAAAGUAUCUCUAGAUAAACAAAAUGAUAUGGGACCAAUGUAAAGUAAGAAACCAAUAAAAAUGAAUAAGUUAUGGGAUCAAAUGAUAUUUACUUCACAAGAAAAUCUGCAAGGAAGAGAGUGACUAAAACAUAGAAUCAAGGUUGUUGUAUAUACUGUAAAGAGAAGGGAUAGUGGAAAGUGUGAAAGGUGCACCAUGGUGCUUAGUUUCAGUAUGCCAGAGCUCUAUUGAAGGUCACAUAGUGGAGCAGGGCUAUUGAAGGAGCCUUUACUGUAAAUAGCCGGCUGGGCCACCUGUCAAUUGCGCCAGCGGCUCACGCUGUGGGAGGCGGUGUCAUCGCCUUCUGCCCUCCUGCCCUCUCGGCUCAUGAUGGCUGCAUGUGCAAAAAAGAUGUACUCAUGUAAGUGAGCAUGUGCAUCUUGCUCCCCGUGUUUCUGUGUCUUACUACGUUUUAAUGUAAACGCUCCUCGUUUCACACAACCUGCAACUCUGCUGAAUCUAAAUCCCCUUUC